AUGCGAAAACCAGAGUCCCAAUCUCGCGGUGAAGUGGUCAACCACCGUUCUCCAUUCACUCGCUUUUUCGCUUCGCUCUGGGCCCGCAUCAGGUUCCUUUUCACUGCUGCUAUUUCGGAAGCCUGCGAUUGCUCAAACCACCCUAAAACCAAUGCGCGUUCUCGCUCGCCGUCCAAUGUGUCUCUGGCGAAACAGGGCGAUGCUGUUGACGCGAAGGUCAUCACAGUUACUAGUGUUCCCGAGAGCGAACCUUUGGUUAACUCCUGCAACAGUCUUCAAGCUUCUAAGCCCCCGGAGCCGCCCCGCGUGGAAUAUCAAACAAAUGAAGCCGUUAUGGAUGCUUCCAUGGAUAACCUCUCUGUGUGUGCAUCCUUGGGGGAGGCGGACUGUCCUGACACUGUUGUUUGCUCCCCACAAAGCCAGCUUGUCCACAGCGAGCGUCAUCUGUCCGAUCGCCUAGAAGUGCUUGUCCUCGGAGAGGUGGGUGCUUUCAACGCUUUACCAUUGCAAAGUGAAGCGCCCUUGGAGUACGCACACGUAGUCUUUAGGGAAGAGCAUAGACCAGAGAGUGUCCUCCAUGCAACCAUUGACCUAGAUGCGACUGAAGGGAACAGUAACGCACACACAGUUCCGGUCACUCAGAUUAGUGUUGUUCAUCAACAGCUCAAGAAUGGUGAGAUUUCGGAAAAGGAACAUCAGGAGAUCACAGAGUCCAUUGUCCAAUCCACAAUCCCACGUAACCUCUCCGACAGUCCGGAGACACGCAAACCGAUCGGUGUAGCCCAACUCUACGCCUGGCAACCACCCCCAGACGAGCCAGUCACUGCUGAGGAGCUGGAGGUGUUGGAACGCUCAAACGAGUUUGUGGAUGAGUUGAUUUCCGUAUCUCUCGAUGUCGUAAACGUUAAGAGUGUUGAGUUCAGUCCAAAACACGCGGUUGUCGUACCUCCGACAGAAGAGGAGUCUGAGUUGCUUGCUAAAGAAGCGAAGCUGGGCGACGGAACUUUCGAGCAGAAGCUUGAGGAUGGUAAUGAUGAGGAGGACGAUGAGAAUGAGGAGAGGGAGGAAGAGAAGGUAGAGGAGAAGGCGGAGGAGGAGGAAGAGGAGGAGAGUCCAGGGACGUGCAAGUUCAGAACUCUGCGAGAUGUUGAUAAGAUGCUUCACUCCACGCCACCAUCGUCCAGCGUUCCUGCCACGAGUGUUGAAGCCGACGUACCCGAGGCGGAUGAGGCCGCUGAUAUUCUACCUCUCACUUCAACAUCACCUGCCUAUGAUGGAAUCUUUCGGUAUUACAUGGAAGUACCAUUUAAUGAUUUAAACCAGAUGCGCACCAAACGAAGCAGUUCUCUGAAGUCGGAGCACUCUCCGCUGAGCACUCCGUGCAGAAAGAUUGUCCGUUUCGCUGAUGCUCUGGGUCUCGAUUUGGCUACUGUUCGUCAGGUGCUUGAUCAGGAGAAACCACCUAGGAUACCUGCCUCAGCAACUCUGGAUCUAAAGCUGGACCUGGAUAGAUCGCUCAGCACGCAGGGUGCGAAGCAGUUUCAACUCUGUUUCGCCCAACCCAGCGCCUCCAACAACUUCAUUCAUCGAGUCCUCCGGAACAAUGUGGUGCUGGAAAACGCGCGAGUCGAUUCCUCGCGAGGUCUCCUUACCGGCACCAUCCGAGUGAAGAGUCUCGGCUUCGAGAAGCACGUCUCCGUGCGGAUAACCUACAAUGAUUGGGCCACCUUCUGUGACCUACCUACCAACUACGUUCAGGACUCUCACGACGGUGCCACUGAUCGCUUUUCCUUCUGUGCAAUCUUCCCGUCUACCUUGGUUGCUAAUGAGAGAGUCCAGUUCGCCAUCCGUUAUGAGACUCACACGGGAGAAGUCUUUUGGGACAACAACCUCGGUGAGAACUACAGUAUCGUCUGCCACGCCAAGGCCACGGACAUGGCAGGAGACGGCUCGUGGGUGCAUUUCCUUUAA